AUGCAUAUUCUAUUAAUAAAAUAUGGGAAGACUCUAUUUGUUUUCAAUUCGAUUCUAAUACAAAGUAGUUUCGGCAAUAAGAUAUACCAAAAUGUUGUAAUAAUUAAUCUAUUGUUAUAUGACCAUGUAAUUAAUAAUUUACUUUCUGGUUUCACUACCUUAUCACUGUACCGUGAACUUAAAAAAUUGUAUCAUGGGAAUAUAUUCGAUUUGUUAAUAUAUAACGAGCAUAAAGUGGAUGUUAAAUGUGAAAUAUAUAUAAAGCUUGAUGAACUGGUUACAAUAUAA